CUCAUGUAGCCAUGGACGGGCUGUUCACUCCCGUGAGUACCUCUUACAAAUCUUCUGAUCAGCCGGUUGAGGAUGCUUUGACUCUAGUUGAAAGUGCCAAGUCAAAGGCUCCCAGUCCCUCUUUUCAGUUUGCUUCCACCCCAGCAGAAGCAUUGGAGCUGUUGAGGAGUGAACCUGACCAUGACACUUUGGUGUCCACCCUACGGUUCCUUGCCAACUAUCCAGACUUUAGCAUCCAGUCACCAAGUCCUUUAGCUUCACAGUUGGUCCAUGUUUUGGUGUCCGAAAUAGUCCCAAAUUACUGGGAUGUCCUUCAAGCUGGAAAAAAUUACAGACCAGCCAAACAAGGAUCUUCAAGCAAACUAUCUGGAUUUGAGUUGGUACUGUCGUGCUUGCGGAGCGUUUCGGGCAUAAAUUCUGUGUUAUUGAGCCUAAAACGGCACAUUCAGCAAUCAAAAGAGAGCAAGCAGUCUGUGGGAGGACCGAAUUUUGAAGAGCUGUUGAGAAUCUUUCUCCUAUUACUGCAAGCACUUCUCGAGGGUCCCCAGACUGUUGAGAUUAUAUGGAAAAGUAUCUAUGAAGCAUCUGAUCCUCCAUCAAAGCAGAAGACGGUAUGGAAUGAGUUUCUGAGCCUUGUAGGAAGCGGAAAGAUAAUUGGCAUUGCCGCCGAAGCAGAGGAUGUCAUCAAUGAACUCAGUAAAAAAGUCGGCGAGAAACAUUGGGUUGCGGAUGGUGGUUUAUUCAGCCAUUGGCUGGCUCGCAACCUGACAUUUUGGAUCAAAAUGUUGUCAGCAGAUUCCGAGACUUUUUUAAAGCACUGUGGAGAGCUGCUCAGCAAGGCUUUCCGCCUUGGCUAUACUGAAAAUAUUGUCAAGGAGCUAUUGGCCUCCCUCCCGCUCGACAGACAGGAGUAUUCUACUCGUUUAACUGGACUUCUGAAUGUUAUUCCAACCUUCGAAUACCGCAAAUUUCUCUAUACGGUUCUCAAGGUCGCCCCUGGACUGUAUUUAUCCACUUCAGUCACAACUGAAGAUGACUCUCAAUGGUGGCAGUCUGACACAAAAGUGGUCUCUUCAGUAGCAUCACUAAUCAGCCAAAUAGUGGGCGGUAAUAUGCCACAUCACAAAGAGCACUUGGUAUCUUGGCUUACUAGCUCUUCGGGAGCUGGCCUUGGAGAUGGUAUUGCUAUUCGACGGGCAGUAGUUGUUGUAUUAUCCAUGGAAAAGACGGACAUUGAGACAGUCCUGGACAAGAGCCUCCAGCAGUUUGGCGAUCAGUUGUAUAUUAAACAUACUCCCACAAUACAGCAAGAUGUUCACACACAAGUCCUACUCCUUGCUGCUGGCUACGUCCACCGAAUAUCCCAUCUUCAUUUAUCAAUGAUGAUGAGAUCAGGAGCAUACCUCAAUGCUAUCUCAAACAGAUUGGCUGCAUCAUCACCUCGUGCUCGCUUUUUGGGCAUGGUGGUAGGAGAAGCUCUGUCAGGACUUGUGGACAAAGGGGACAAGAGGAUGGAUUUCAAAGUGGACGAAAUGAGUACCGCUGAGGCUAGGUGGUUCAAGAGCCUGGUGAACGUUUCUGAUACUAUUGGAUCACUUGAUCCUCUCAAGUCGGGCAGAGCGGCAAAUCUCGCCAAGCAUACGAAACCUCGAUCUUCGAAAGCAGCAACGAAGCCUCAAGCUCCGUCAACAGGAUCCAAAAUCAUCUCUAUCGAGGAGAUCGAGACGGACGAAGAAGAGUCAGAUGAUGAUGGCUUGACUCCCUAUGCAAAGCCGGAUUCUGAUGCAGAAGAUUCGGAUGAAGAUCCCACCCUCAUCACCAGAAAUAAACACACCUCUCCCGUCUACAUCAGAGACUUGAUCUCCUACUUGAGAGAUACCGAGAACUACGACCGCCAAAAGCUAGGCCUAGAAACAGCAGCACCCCUCAUCCGACGUAAAACAACCUUCGGAACAGAAGUCACCGAUCACGCAGAAGAGCUGGCAACACUCCUCGUCGGUCUGCAAGACAAAUACGAGAUCGACAACUUCCAAGACAUGCGUCUGCAAGGCAUGAUUGCUAUACUAAUCGCGUCACCCCUAAAAAUGGGCCAAUGGUUCUCGAAAACAUUCUUCGACGGCGACUUCUCCAUCUCUCAACGAGCCUCCGUACUUACUACCCUUGGUCUCGGGGCCCGCGAACUCGGCGGCUUCGGCGCCGAAGACAGCACUCUCACAAUUACCAAGCCUCUUCCCUGUUCCUUCCCAUCAAAGACUCUUCCCUCGAGCCUGCACAACUACUACAGCGGCACCAAACCCAAAGAAACAGCCGUCGACGCCCUCUCAACCCAGCUCCAAAACAAAAUGAUCGCGCCCCUCGCCACCGAAUUAGCAGACAAGCUCACCGGGCCCUCCAUCCUCAAAAUCCGUACCUUCAGUUCCCGCAUGGCCGUAGAACAGAAGCGCAAAAAGCCCAUCGCAAAUUCUCUCGCUAAAGUAGUUUCCGAUGGCUUCUUCUUCCCCUUAACCGGGCGCUUCUUCAUGCAUCUGAAAGCCUACGGCUCGUCACAUCACAAUGUGGUGUUCCAACCUUACCUCCUUGCGCUUUUUAUUAAGACCUUGUCUCUACUGCUUCAUGCUUCAGGACCCUCUACAAUGAGUUUGCCGCAGAUGACUUCCGAGUUCUGGGACUUACUGCUUAGCUUAAGAACGCAAAGUAUCGGCGACAUCACGGUAAUCGAGGCGCUCCUCUUCGGAUUCAUGACGAUACUCGAGAUCAACGAGGAUAAAAGACCAGUAGUUGAAGCGCACGGACGCCAAAUGCUUGAGACGCAGGAGUGGGUAGAGGGUGUGUUUGGGCGGGUUGGGGGCGGAGGAAGUGAGGAGGAUGAGAGGGUGAGGAUGCUUGCGGCAGGCGUGCUGGUUAGGGUUAGGGAGAGUGUGGAGAAGUACCAGGCGCUACUUAUGGGAGAUUUGGCGAGUUUUCAGGGGUGAUUGGGGUGCUGAUAGAGGUGUAGCACAGGAGAUAAAGCUCCCUGGCAUGAGUGUCACUAGAAGACGAUGCCUGCAGCUAAACGAAAUAAAGCAACUUGGCGUAUUAUAGAGGGCUCACUUGUUCUCAAGGUCCAAUGCCAACGUUGGACCUUUCAAAUACC